AUGUAUAUACUUAAAACAUUAUUAAUAUUAGUUAGCGUUGCACAAGUAUAUUGCAAAAGCCAAAGCUUGGAUGCCAUAGGUAAUUUUGUUAGAAAAUACAGGGAAUCCUUUAAUGUCAGCGAUUCCAAAUUUGACCAAAAUUCUGAUGUAGGACUUGAUAUUUAUCACUUUCUGCGAAAAUAUAAAUAUCCAGUGGAAACCCACUGGGUAGAAACUGAAGACGGUUAUGUUCUUCGAAUGCAACGAUUAGUAGGCGGUAAAAAUGGGGUUUACUCUGACAAAAGUAAUAAACCAGCUGUUCUUCUCAUGCAUGGUCUAUUAAGUAGUGCUAUGGAUUUCGUUAAUUGUGGACCAAAUAGAUCAAUCGCGUUGAUGUUGGCAGAUGCUGGAUAUGAUGUUUGGUUGGGGAAUAAUAGAGGAACUACUUGGUCUAGGAUGCAUAAAACAUUAGAUCCUGAUAAUGAUCCAGAAUAUUACGAUUACAGUUUUGAAACGUGCGGAUACUACGAUCUACCAGCAAAAAUUGACUACAUAAUUGAACAUACAGACCAGAAAAAAAUAUUCUACAUAGGCCACUCUCAAGGAACAUCACAAUUUUUUGCUAUGGCAGCUUUAAGGCCAGAAUAUAACAAAAAGAUCGCCCUAAUGUCAGCCUUAGCACCAGUUGCAUAUAUGACGCAUAUGGCUUCCCCAUUCCCGAGGUUUUUAGCUCAAUACCUAGAACUUUUUGAGUUUUUAUUGGUGGAUGUUUUACAAUUUCACAAUUUAUUGCCUUAUUCAUGGAUCUACACAGAAUUUGCUAAACUCCUUGUAGUUAUAGAACGAACGUUUCCACAAGUCAAAGAACUAUCUGCUAUCACGAUGUUUCUUUUAUGCGGAUUUAACAACAAACAAUUUGAUAGGGAUCUUAUUCCAAUAAUAUUGUCGAAUUCACCUGCCGGUAUAUCUACAAAAAUGCUGCUACAUUAUGGACAAGUAAUUCGAUCAGGAAAAUUUAGAAGAUAUGAUUAUGGAGUCGUAAACAUUAAAAAGUAUAAAUCCAUAUCACCACCAGAAUACAAUGUUUCAGCAAUUACAGCACCAAUUGCUAUCUACUAUUCCCAAAAUGACUUUUUUGCAGCAGUAAAGGACGUUGAACUCUUGGUCAAUCAGUUACCCAACGUGGCAAAGCUAAGGAUGAUUGAGGAUAGACGAUUUAAUCAUGUUGAUUACAUUUGGGCCAAAGAUGUUGCUACAAUUAUUAAUGAGGAUGUGAUCGCCACCCAGAAUAAGUACAUACCAGCUGAGCCGCCACAGGAUAACUCGGCCAAUACCAUUUUUGGAAAAUCUGUUUUGUAUCCGAUCAUAACAAUGUUUCUCACUGUAUUGUUGUAUCAAUAA